AAUGCAUUAUGGUGGGGUUGGGCCCCCCCGCGCUGUUGAACCAUCGCUUGUUGCGCUUCACGGCAUUGACACAGGGAACAUUUCAGAACGCUAUUUUACUUGAAGUUUUCGUUUGUAGUUGAAGCUUUACGACAGGGGAAAGCAGAUUCUUCUGGAGGAGUGGGGGUAAUUCCUUCGUCGAAGGUCACUUUCAAAAGAUCUUAAAGCCGUCUUGUGCUGUUUUGUGCGGUUCGUGUAUCAUAAUGCUCUGAGUACGACAAUGGGGACCAAGGCGCUUCGCCGUUUUCAAGGCAAUGACUAUGUAUGAUCAACAAGUCGUUUUCGUGUAGUGGGUUUUUGUAUUGUAGUAGUAAUGGCCGAGCAACUGGUAGACGGGCCACCGAAUAAGCGAGCGAAAUUAGGAGCCCCAGACACACCAACCGACAAUGCAGAGUUCAAUUGGAAGUUUAUGGAAGACCUGGAUGCCAGUUUACCCGAUGAACUCGGUGGACCCGGAAUGAUUCCCAAUUCCGAUGGUCUAACUAAUGGUGAAUCAGCUGAUGUUGCGAGCGGUAGCUCAAGUUUGCAGCAGAUUCUUCAAUCGAAUGUUUCCCUGUCAAGUGGCGCGAGCUCUACGCUAAACUCCAGUGCCAUCUCUACGACAGUUAGCGUAUCUAGCCCCAAUAGUCCAUCGUUGACUACUUUAACUUCAGCUAAAAGUCCGGCAGUGAACAAUUCUUUGUCAUCGCCUCCUCAAAUGCCAGUGAGUACGAGCGGGACUCCGACUCCUGCAACACCGCUCACUUCUUCUAGUGACCUCCAUCUUGUUAGUGUGGGUUUGAGUCCUGCCCCGUCAUCUUCUUUGCCGUUGUCAACAAUGAGCUCCGCUUUGCAAGGUAAAGCAAGGGAUGCACGACUGCAAGUUGCAGCCCAGUAUAGUGGCAAUUCACUUGAUAUGAACAUGCUUGCCAAUAACAACGCAAUGAUGGCAUCUAUGAAUGGACCGAGCUCGGCGACUCAAUCGAUCGCUUUGAAUACGCCGCACGGCAGCGGAGCGACAUUUUCACGAACUAAUAUGAACGUAACUAAUUCCGGGAGCAAUCCGUUUCAAAAUUCGCUUCCUCAACUACAGCAAGAACAGUUGGCGAAUAAUUUCGUUGGUCAUCCUGGUAUGAACGGAAGCCCAGACCAAUCCAGAGUUUCUUUAGGCCAAGCUGGCACUGGACUAGCUCAACCUCCAACAGCAGACCCAGAGAAACGGAGAUUAAUACAACAACAACUAGUGCUUUUGCUUCAUGCACAUAAAUGUCAGCGUCGAGAACAGAAUGCCCAGAAUGGUGCAGUGAAGCCUUGCAACUUACCUCAUUGUAGAACUAUGAAGAAUGUGCUCAAUCACAUGACAACAUGUACUGCUGGAAAAACAUGUCAAGUUGCGCAUUGUGCCUCAUCACGACAGAUAAUUUCACACUGGAAAAAUUGCCUGCGACAGGAUUGUCCAGUCUGUCUUCCUCUUAAGCAUGCAUCUGAUAACAGAAAUAGAGUUCCAGGUAAUGUGCCAGGCCUUGAAAGGGCAUAUGAAGCUCUUGGGAUAACUUUGGCAACAAAUGGGGAGCCAAGACUGCGACCAUAUCCUGGUUCAAAUACAAACAAUCUCUUGAGGCCAGAUCCUACUAUGUCACUAACAGAUAGCAAAUCAUUUGGUGAGACAUCAGCCACUGCUACAAGCACAACAGCAAAUGGAAAUCGUGGUCCUAAAGAAUGGCAUCAGCAUGUUACACCAGAUCUCAGGAAUCAUCUUGUACACAAACUUGUUUCGCUUAAGUGUUGGGAAUAUCGGUACAGUACAACUGAGAAAGAAAGGGUCACGGCAAUCUUCCCGACCCCAGUACAUGAUCCUGCUGCCCUUAGAGAUCGGCGAAUGGGUAACCUUGUUUCCUAUGCAAGAAAAGUAGAAGGGGAUAUGUAUGAGACAGCAAACAGCAGGGAGGAAUAUUAUCACCUAUUAGCUGAGAAAAUAUACAAAAUUCAAAAGGAACUAGAAGAAAAACGGCAAAGGAGACAGUUACAACAGUUUCGGAGCACCAUUGGAGGAGCACAUGUUCCUUUUCCUCAAAUCAAUGGAGAACUAGGCACUUCUCAAAUUCCUACUGCAGCAGCAGCCCAGGCACAUGCUGCAGCGGUUGCUGCUGCACAGCAGCACAGCAGACAGUUUGAUGUAACCCAGCCUACUUCUGUACAGCCUCAAAACACCUCAUCACAAGCAGCACCCAUGACUUCACCACCUCUACCAGGCAGGAUGUCACCUCUUCAGCAAAUGUCAGUUCAGGCACCCUCUACACAGGAGGCAAAACCAAUACAGCCUUCUGUAGCUCCCCUUUCGAAACAACAAGUAGCUGGUCAGAUGUCUCCGUCAGGACAGAUGAUGACACCUCCUCGUUCCCAAGGAAAAACUCCACCUCGUGAAAGUGGCAAAAAUCUCUCAGUGACAAAUACUACUCAGGCACAGUCACCUGCGUCACAAGGGGAUCAGUCGAAUUCAAGUGGAUAUGUAUCUGCAACUGAGAAUAAACCUAAUAUUCAAUCUCAGUUAAAUAUCAAGACUGAGCCUUCAACUCCUCCACCUGCACAACCUCAGACAGGACAGAUUCCAGAUAGUUCCUCUGGCUCUGUACCAACACCUUCUCCAGCGCAGAGCACUUCCGCCACACCUCAGAUAAAACAAGAACCUCAACCAACGGCAGCAUCAUGUUCAACGCAGCCUGUAGCACCUCCCUCUGGCUCCUCCUUAACAUCAUCAUCAUCCUCAAUACCUGCGCCAGGCACAACAAGAUAUCCACUAAAGAAAGUUUUCCUCCCGGAGGAGUUACGGCUAGCUCUUAUGCCCACUUUAGAGAAAUUGUAUAAACAAGAGCCGGAUUCACAUCCCUUCAGGCAACCUGUGGACCCAAAAUUGCUUGGUUGUUUGGAUUACUUUGAAAUAGUGAGACAUCCCAUGGAUCUCUCCACGAUUAAACGAAAACUGGACGCUGGACAGUACAGUAACCCCUGGGAGUACUGUGAUGAUGUCUGGCUCAUGUUUAAUAAUGCUUGGUUGUAUAAUAGAAAGACCUCGAGAGUUUAUAAAUAUUGUACAAAGUUGUCUGAGGUUUUUGAACUAGAAAUUGAUCCUGUAAUGAGAAAGUUAGGAUACUGCUGUGGAAGAAAGUAUAUAUUUCACCCGCAAGUGCUGUGUUGUUACGGAAAGCAUUUGUGUACAAUUCCAAGAGAUGCUACCUACUGGACUUAUCAAAAUCGGUUUCACUACUGUGAACGAUGCUUUGAUGAGAUCCCAGGUGAUGCAGUCAAUCUUGGCGAUGACCCCACCCUGCCACAAAGCUCUGUGCCUAAAAACAACUUUUCAAAGAACAAGAAUGAUCAUCUUGACAUGGAGCCAUUUGUUGAUUGUAUUGACUGUGGCAGAAAGGUACAUCAAAUCUGUGUUCGCCACCAUGAGUACAUUUGGCCAAAUGGAUAUCAAUGUGAUAAUUGUUUGCAAAAGCGGGGAGUGAAGAGGAAGGAAAACAGGUUUACCGCAAAGAAACUUCCAACAAACAGACUCGGUGAUCUGAUUGAAAAAAGAGUCAACAACUACUUACUUAAAGAAAACUGUCCAGGAAAUGUGACUAUACGAGUUGUGUCCUCUGUUGACAAGCAAGUGGAGGUUAAGCCUGGAAUGAGAGCAAGAUACGACGAGGAAAAGUUCCCUGGAUCAUUUCCAUACCGUGCCAAAGCCAUGUUUGCCUUUGAAGAAAUUGACGGAGUGGACGUUUGUUUCUUUGGCAUGCAUGUCCAGGAAUAUGGCUCUGAGUGUUCCCUGCCCAACACACGCCGUGUCUAUAUCUCUUACUUGGACAGUGUUCACUUCUUUCAACCUCGUCAUCUACGUACAUCUGUCUACCACGAAAUCCUCAUUGGUUACUUAGAACAUGUUGGCCAUCUAGGGUAUCAAAUUGCUCAUAUAUGGGCGUGUCCUCCAAGUGAGGGAGAUGACUACAUUUUUCAUUGUCACCCUGUGGAACAGAAGAUUCCCAAACACAAGCGACUGGUCGAUUGGUACAAGAAGAUGCUUGACAAGGCCGUCAGAGAUCGUGUUGUCAUUGAAUACAAGGAUAUCCUCAAGCAAGCCAACGAUGAUGGUUUAACAACAGCCAAAGAGUUGCCCUACUUUGAUGGCGAUUUUUGGCCAAAUGCAUUGGAAGACAGCAUCAAAGAGCUUGAUCAGGAAGAGGAGGAGAGGAAAACUGCUUUAGCAGCAGCGGCUGCUGAGACUGCCAGCAAAGAGGGUAAACCAGGCAGUAAGAAUAAAGGAAACAACAAGCGAAGUAACAACAAAAAAGGCACAAAGAGUAAAGCAAACAACAGAAAGAACCCCAAGAAGACAAACGGUCCUGUGACGGGUCUGUGCGACUUGUCACAGAGAUUGUACAACACCAUGGAGAAACACAGAGAGGUCUUCUUCGUUAUUCGAUUGAAUGGCCGUAAGACGCCUGAAACGAGUGAUCCAGAUUCCCUCAUGAACUGUGACAUCAUGGAUGGCCGGGAUGCUUUCUUGACCCUUGCCCGCGAGAAGCACUACGAAUUCUCAUCUCUGAGGCGAGCCAAGUUUUCCACGAUGGCCAUGUUGGUCGAGCUUCACAAUCAAGGCGGGGAUCGGUUUGUUUACAGCUGCAACAUUUGUAAGAGACACGUGGAAACGCGAUACCACUGCAAUGAAUGCGAGGACUACGAUCUCUGCGUACCUUGCUACAACGAGAAAGGUCAUGAACAUAGCAUGGAGAAAUUGGGUCUUGGUUUGGAUGAUCUUGAUCAACAGCAAGGACAAGAAGGAGAAAAGGAACGGCCUCAGCUCAGUGCACAAGAGGAACGACGAUUAAAGAUCCAGCGGUGCAUACAGAGCUUGGUACAUGCCACCCACUGCCGGGAGAUCAACUGCCAGCACUUAAGCUGUGCCAAAAUGAAACGCGUUGUGGAGCACACAAAAACUUGCAAGCGAAAAACUGGCGGAGGAUGCCGUAUUUGUCAGGAAUUAAUUCACCUUUGUUGUUAUCAUGCCAAGCAUUGUCUAGAAAGGGAGUGUGUCGUGCCAUUCUGUCGGCAUAUAAAACUCAAGCUCAGACAACAACAAACGCAGCAAAGAUUUGCUCAGUCUCAAACCCUUCGUCGUCGUAUGGCUACAAUGCAGCGUCAGGGAAUGCAGGCUCCACCUCAGAUGCCAAAUCAGGCAAUGCAACCGAGCAUGGCUGGUCCUGGGGCAAUUGGACAGGCUCACCCAGCUUUACAACCCCCUCAGCAGCAGCCACCUCCUUACCAGCCACCUGUUAUGCCUCAGAAACCUGUCAUGAGUGGGCCCCCUCCACGUGCAGUAGAAGCGGCACAAAAAAUUGCGCAGGCUGCUACUAUGCAAGCUGUGGGUGGCAGUGUGCCAAUGGGUUUGCCAGCCCGGAAUAUGCCACAUCCUCAACAAGUUUUCCAACAGCCGCAGCCGCCCAACAUGGCAGCUCCUCCUGGUCCCAUGGCACCCCCUGGUAUGAUGAGACAGCAGAAUCCUGCUCUUCUACAGCAGGGCAUGGGACAGAACUUACCACAGGGAAUGCCUCCACAGAGCAUGCCUCAACCUAUGCAGCAAACCAUGCCACAGCAAAUGCAACCUUCAUCUGGGGCACCAGUUCAGCCGAACAAUCCUGCUGCAUUGGAGUGGUACACUAAACAGCAGCAGCAGCAGCAACAACAGAUGAACCACCCUAAUGCUAUGAUGAAUGCAGGGCAACAACAAUUUCCUCAAAUGCCGGGUGGACAGCAACAAGGUUUACCAGUUGGACAUCAACAGAAUCGUCCCAAUAUGGCUGUACCGGCUUCCCUGCAGCAGUUGUUGUAUACGCUGAAGUCUCCAAAUAGCCCUCAGCAACAGGCUAAAGUUUUGAGUAUACUUAAACAACAUCCACAACUGAUGACAGCAUUUAUCAAACAGAGACAACAACAACAAGCACAACAGCAGCAGCAGCAGCAGCAACAACAACAGCAAGGCAUGCCUCCAGGAAUGCAACAAGCGAUGCAACAAGGAAUGCCACAAACUAUGCAACCAAACAUGCAACAGAACAUGCCGCACAACAUGCAGGCUGGCAUGCAGCAACAGGCAAUGCAACAGAGUAUGGCACAGGGAAUGCCGGGUAUACAGCAGGGAAUGCAAAAUCCCAUGCAACAAGGAAUGCAUCAAGGUAUGCCUAAUGCUGUGCCGCAGAAUAUGCAGCAUGCGAUGCAGAAUCCGAUACAACAAAUGCCAAUUGCUUCACAGGCCAGCGUUAGUCAGCAGCAACAACAACAGUGGUUAAGACUUCUUCAACAGCAGCACCAACAACAACAACAACAACAACAACAGCAACAGCAACAGCAACAGCAACAGCAACAACAACAGCAACAACAGCAAAACAUGUUCCAACAACCUCAACUUCCUCCCUUUUCACAAAUGAAUGCAAUGAGGAGAAGCCAAGUACAGAAUCAAAUGACCAAUUCACAAGCGGCAAUGAUGCAUCCGCAUAAUGGCCAACCGCAGGCGUCGAUACCGCAACACUUCCAACCGAAACAAGCGCAGUUCCCGUCACAUCUGAUGUCCCCACAAUCCGCGAACCCCAUGUCACCGCAACAAGUUAUACACCCAUCGCAGUCACCUCGACCAGUCAUGUCUCCUCAGCCUCAUCCAGCAGGAGCAUCGCCUCGGCAGCAGCCUACCAUGUCCCCACGUCCACAACAAACUUCACUAACGUCUCCUCGGCCCACGCCGUCCCCUCACCAAGCCUCCACGCCUCAAAUGGACAAUCAGCUAAUGGACAAACCAUUGUUUAGUGCGCGAAUGACGCUUCCCCCGAUCCAGACUCCUACGGACCCGGACCUGUCAAUUGGUCAGGAAGAUUCACCGCUGACGCCACAAGAUCAGUUGACCAAAUAUGUCGAAAAUUUAUAAUAAAAAAAGAAAAAAAAACCCGACGGGGAAAAAAAGAAGAGAAUUUUAAAGUAAGGAGAGAGAAGAGAUGAAAUGUACUUUAUGGAGCAAACUUUAUAUGUAGUUUUAUCGCCGCGAGAAUCAAGAUGACGAAAUUUUCUACCAUUCGUACCAUUAUUAUAUAAUUAAUUUGUAUAGCUGUUUAGCUGACAAAUAUCAGCUUAUGAGGGAUCGAUCCCUCGACAAAAGUCAGAGAGGAACAACACUCCAAGGAAUUUUAGUUUUAGAGUUUUUUUGAACGUCUUCAGUCAAGAGGUACUGUAUAAAGCGCACAUUCUUACAAUGCAUAUAUAUUUGUCCAAACGUGCUUGUGUACCAAUAAAUGUGUGCACUUUUCACAACGUUUGUGUGCUUAUUAGCCUUCGUAUAAUUUGUAAAUAAAAUUAAAGCCCUUAUUUCGAAAAAGCGUCGCGACUUGUCUUGUAUGCUUGCUGUUCAUCUAAGCGAAAACUCGGCCCUUUGAAAGGCAUAAAUACCUAGAUAAAUUAGGGAGCGACAUAGGAAAAUUUUAAUGAAACUGGAUAAAAGUUGGAGAAGAAAAUGAAUAAAAUGGGGGAAAAAAGAAUUGGCAAAUUAA